GUUGUUUUGGCGGCUUCAACGCGGCAAACCACUUACUGGUAAGAGGCACAAUGUGCACCUGUUGGGGGAGGCGGCCUCGGAGGCCUCCCCAACUCGGCCCCAACCACCAAGGACCCAGUCCUGCAUCAUUGACGAUGGUUUUCUCUCAGUUUCAGAGCGCCAGCAGUUUCAUCGAGCUUGAACCAUGGAAGCGAAUGGGAGUCCAGAAGAUCGGACAUCAGGGCCCAACAAUCCACAACAGUCAUCGCUUAGUCCGCCCACCGAGCUGCCCACCCAUAACCCAACAGCAGAGCCAACACCAGAGCCAGCAGAAGAGCAAACAGAAGAGGAAAAAUUUCAUUCCAAACACCCAAUGUGGAGGGAAUUGAUGAGAUCCAUGAACUGCAAGAUAGACGACCACAUAUUACGACUUCUUCAGAUUAGUGGAUUUGGAACGUACCAGGCGUUGAAAGAACUUGCUCAAGAAGAUUUGGACUUCAUCGUUAAGUUUGUGAAGAGUGGUGAUAUUUUAGAUCGUAUUGAUAGUAGUGAACUGCCAAUCUUCUUGGGGCCCUGUAAAGCAAAGGAAAAGUUCUCUUUUCUCCCAGGAGAGUGUAAAUUGUUGUUUAAAAUAGUUGAAUAUGUAAAAAAAAACCAUUCAGAGUCUGAAAAGAGUUUAGGCAAAAUGUCUCUUUAUCCCAUAUUUCA